GUUUCCUGGGUGGCAAAGGGAGAAGCCGACCGUGUAGUUGGCGCUAGAAACGCUAUGAUGCAGGAAGACAGCAAUGGAGACUUUGAAAUUGUUGACAAGAAGAUGGCCACUCUGUUGACUUCAGAAGCUUCAAUGGGCAGCAGUUCAGUUCUUGCAAAUGUACCACCCCCAUCUGCCCUACCAUCCUUCAUAGCUUCUCCACGCCCACCUGCUCCUACAAGCCUCUCGUCUAGUGCAAUGCCUAAUCCACUUCCAGCUAAUCCACAGUCUGGCCCACCUCCCGGACCUACUCCGCAUCAGGCCUCCAUGUCUGUUCAGCCACCAAGCACAGUCCCAUAUUCCCUCAGUAAUACCACUGUAGUAGGGUCAUCCAUGGGUGCACCUAUUCCAUCCCCAGGGAAUGUGCUACCUUCCAAUGCAGGACCCAUGCCCCAGUACCCAGGAGCACCUGGCAGUGGUCCAACUCCUCCCCCAGCAGCAGUGCGUGGGCCAUCUCCUCCAGUAUCUAUGUCAGGUGGUUCAAUGCCACCUGGAGGCCAUCAGCUGGCUCCACCAGUGGCAAGUGCAGCACCGCCUGUUUCAUUCACAUCAUCAAGUUCCAACCCGCCCAUCACCAGUCAGCCAGUGGCUCCUGCUGUCCAAGGUAGUGUAGAUGCUUCUGCUGCAGUUGAUCUGGGUUCACCUGGUGUAGGAGGACCUGCAGGAAAUAAAGGCAGUUGGCUGGGGUGGAUCCGUGGCACCGUGUCCAAUGUCGGUCAUCGGGUGGCAGAGAAAGCCAAGAAUUCUAUGGACACCAUGAUCACUACUUUGGACCCACAGAUGAAGGAAUUCAUUCAUUCUGGUGGAGAUAUGGACAUCAUAGUAGCCUCAGACAAGGAAGUGAAAGUAGGAGCAGUGAGAGAGGCCUUCCAACAAACCUUUGGCAAGGCUACAGUAAGUGGUAUGCCAGCUUCUGUAGAGGGCAUAGCAAAUCAACCAGUUGGUUUCGAGGCUGCCCUCCAAUCUGCUGAGGGGCGAAUUAACUCUCUCAGAUCCUCAGGCAGAGUGCAUCCACAACAGCCUAUUGUUGCUGUAGAGAACUUCAUUGCUGAAUUUACUCCAGACUGCUGGUAUGAUCUUGGAGUAUUACUGCUUGAUGACCCUGGAGAAGAUAUUAUCCUGCAAACCUAUACCCAGGUAACUCCAAUUCCACCUGGCUUUGUUGAGCAAGCCCGUGCCACCACUGCCAAUGACUAUCCUUACAAAAACACCGGCUUUUCCACCACCAUUGGACAGAUUGCAAGCCAGAAUCUUCAGGUGCAUCACACACUCUGGCAGGAGAGUUUAAUUGGUGUGCCUCGGAGAGACAUGAUCAUCAUGGCCGCACGUGCUCUUGCAAGCCUUUACAAAGCCCGACUUCCACCAAACCAUUAACACACACCCAUCGUUAUCAACAUGAGUGGAUAUUGAUGGAGAAAAUUGCUUCAAGAAGCCUGCCUACUUUUGUUUUGGGUCUCCCCCCCCCCCCCCCUAUAGGUUUAAAAUAGGGUACUUAAGUAUGACACUACUUUGGCACUAGUACAUCUAGGGAAUUACAUUUUCAUUUGCAUAUUAUUCCUUGUAUCUUUCAUUGUUCAGUGCUUCUAUGAUUUCCCCCCCCCCCCCCCCAACUUUUCUGAAAUAGUGCAGUAUUGUUGCUAGAUUCUUUGAUAUUGCCAAAAAAUUAUUCAUGGUUUUGUUGUAAACAGUUGGUUGAUUCUGCCAAAUGUGCAAUUUUUCUUAUAUUAUAGUGUAUGUAGCUAAAGCAAGGCAUAACUGUGCUAUCAUAAGUAACUGUAUGCGCUAUGUGCAUAAGCUGGGAUUGGAAGUAUUUGUAAACAUUUCAUUAAACCCAAUGUAAAGAGAACUAAGAUUUCUGUACAACAGAUAUUAAUAUAUAUAAACAUAUGUUCAGAAAAUGCCAUUAAGUAUGUAAAGGCUGUUUGUGACCCUAUUUCUAAAAAAAUAAUGUGCAAGCAAAUUAGUUCAGUAUUUCAAGAAACCAGGGAAUCUCUCCUAAAAAAAUAUGAUUGCAUAUUAUAGUUGUUUUUUUAUAUACAUAUAUUUGGUAUUGAUAGAUACAAGUGCAGUUAUAUAGUAUCUGAAUACGAUAAUGUAGUGCUUCAGAAAUCACUUCAGGUUGUUUACAGUAAUUUUAUAGUCAUGACUGCAUUAUUUAGCCUGAGGUUCAUUGUUUUGCAUGAAAUGUUGAUUGUUCAUGAGCAUUAGGGAUAGAACUUUCAAUAUAUAUGUUGUUUUAUUUCUGGCACUGUAAAUAUACCUUUUUUUCAGUACCUCCGCUUUAUAUGAUUGGUGAUGAGAGAGUGUGGAGUAUACUUUACACCUAUUGGUUGAAAAAGAGAGAAUAAAAAAGUAAAUUGAAGAACUGUACGCAAAGCAUCAAAAGUUAUUGCACAGGGUUGAGGGUACUUUUUAUUAGCAAGUAAAUAUAUAUGAAACUAUGAAAUAAAAACAAAUACUAGACAGUGUUUUUUAUAGUUAAGACAUAACAUGAAAAGUGCCUUUAUCAAUUUUUAGUAUUUUAAAUGUAAGAUCUGCCAAGUGUAACAUACAAUAACAGUUCUCCUUAAUUAAGUGAUGUAUUCUGUCCUCCUCUUUUCAUAUCUCUCCCUCCCUCAAUAUUCUUUCUAAGGUUAUCUUAGGAGCUGUGUACUCUCAAGAUUUUUAAGCAAUCCUAUAUCGAUAGUAGCUAUUUCAAUACUUGUUGUGCUAAAACUAAAAUAAACCUCUUUAGAUGCAAAUAACCAUUUCCUCUGAUAAAAAUUGUGUAGCUGCUUUCUUUUUCAAUGUAGAAUAUUUGAAGAAAUAAUUUUCAUAGUCAGAUAAUUUCUGUUCUUUCUUUGUACAUAUGAAUAUUUUCUGUAUGUAGUGAAAUUUUAAAUAGUCAGCUUAAACUCUAAAUAUAGAUUAUUUUGACAAACUAAGAAACAGGUUGAUGAGCAAAUCCCUCUAUUUGUAUAAUAUAGCUUCUGGACUGAACUCUUUAUAAGCUAUGCAUCAUUUGCAAAUGGUUGAUGUGCAUAUUACCAUUAUAUUUUAAAAUAUCAAAGAACUUUAUAUAUUAUGGAAAUGCAAGAAGCAGUUUUGCCAGUUAAUUAGUAUUUCAUAUUUAGGUUGUUUUUAGUGUUGUUCAUAGUAUUUGUGCAUGUGUGUACACUAACAAACACUUAUACCUACUCAUACAAAACAAAUAUGAACAUACAAACAGGAUACAUUUAGAUUUCCAGUUCAUGAUAUUGUUAAUGCAUAUACACUUUGAGCAUAUGUGCCAGCUUCCAUAAAAAUAAAUAUUAGCAUACACAUACACAGACAUACCAUAUCUUAUUUUUAUGUGAAUUUUCAGUGUUGGAAGAGAAAACUUAACAUAUCUGGUAAUUGGUUAUUUAUUAUGUGGUUCCAUGGAAUCUUAGCUUUAUUAUAUUUUCACAUGAUAAUAAAAAGUAAAAAAUAAAAUACGAAUUUUC